AUGAGUCGUCAAACUCAACCCCCCCAAGCGCGACUGGGCACGGCUCUUGUCCUAGGCGGAUGCGGCUUCUUGGGGUGGCAUCUCGUAGCACGGUUAUUGAGCUGCCGAGACUAUGACCACGUCUACGUCUUGGAUCGCCAUGUGCAGGCGAAUCUCAACCGCGGCGCGACUUACGUCCAAGGCGACAUCACCGAUGUGAGUGCGCUACGCGCCCUGCUGGACGAGAUCCAGCCCUCGGUCAUUUUCCAUGCGGCUUCGCCCAUCGCGUCGCUGCCGGCCAGCAGGCAUGGCGAGUUCAUCAGGACCAAUGUCCAGGGGACCAAGGUCGUCAUCGACCUGGCGACGCAAAGUGCCUCAGUCAAGGCCCUCGUGUACACGUCUACAGUGGACGUGUAUGCCCAUCCGCCUCAUGAGAAUGUCUCGGAAGACCACCCGCUUUGGGCGCCGUCAGACAAGUCGAAUGAGUACAAUCGCACCAAGGCCAUUGGCGAUAACCUGGUUCGCGCUGCCAAUGGCGCGCAGCUUCGCACAGCCUGUUUGCGUUUAGGGCAUGCGUAUGGGGAGCGACAGUCGCAGGGACUGGCCGAGAUUCUAGGCUCCUGUCAAGGAACUAGGCCGCUUGUACAAGUUGGCAACGGGACCAACAUGAUGGAGGUCAUGUCGGCCGAGAAUUGUGCGUUGGGCCAUGUCCUCGCGGCCAAGGCGUUGCUGCACGAGCCUCAGCCAGUGGAUGACAAGAGCCGAGUGGCCGGCCAGGCGUUCAAUAUAUCGGAUGGAGCGCCCGUGCCUUUCUGGCACCACGUAAGGGUGAUAUGGGGUGUUUCCAGAGGACCCGAAGCCCUGAAUAACGUCACCGUUCUUCCGGCGUGGGUCAUGAUUGUGGCUGUUGUGCUUGUCGAGUGGCUGCUUUGGCUGUUUACGUUUGACACGGUGAAGCCCCCGACGGAGCUGCGGAGAACAAGCCUCGAGUAUUGCAUCUACUCUCACACAUAUACCAUUGAUAAAGCAAAGAAACGAUUGGGGUUUUGUCCAGUGGUGGACCACGACGCCGUGCUUGCACGUGCGGCGAGGCUUAUGCUUGACCAGCGAGCCGAGUUGGCCAAGGUUGAUUAA